GAAUAGCCGUUCUUGGUCUUAUGACGCUGUUUCUCGCUUUGAUUGGUACCCUGUGAAUCGAAUAAACCUUUGCGUGUGAUAACACCUAUCUCUACUUACCUUUACCAGGACGAGGAUUUACAUGCACUUUACUUCUAGGUAGGGCUUUGGCUUAUAUCUAUUUAUGCAACCCCACCACGACCCUACGACAUUUUUUGUACUACUACUAAACCUAGAAAAAUCUACUUGAUAGUUUUUUCUUCAUAGUUUACUUUGUUAGAACAAGUUGAACUGACGCAGAAAAUGUCGCGAUUUCAAUUUCUCGCUUCGGACUCUGACUCCGAGUCAGAGUCAGAACAGGUGCCGAACGUUGCUCCGGCAAACAGCAGGGGAGUUGUACUUCUAAGGCUUUCAAGAAUCUUGAGUAUUCAUAGCGUGUAUCAGUAUUCAUAGUAUGGUAACGAAUGGUCAUCAUGAUGCCAAAGCAGCAUAGCGUAAUUCCCAUAAAUUACGCUAAACCCUAACCCUGAACAGGUGUCUCCUCCAGCUUCACAAGCAGCUCCGACUGCUCAGGCAUAUUUUCCGUCACACGAGUUUGGCCUUGCGGAAGAAGGUGCAUUCCAUGCAGUUCCCAAAAAGAAGGCACAUAAUAUGAAGGCAGACCCGAAAUUGAAAGCGAACAUGGAAGAACUCAUGAAAGUAGACAAAGCCGCACCUCCCAUGGAGUUGGUGCAGACCCCAGGUAAUUUUGAAGAUGGAGGUUUUAUACAAUGACGUUAUACAAUUUAACAACAACUAGAAGCAAUAGUAGUAGAUGGUCGAUACAAAACCCGAGCGUAAGUCUCCUUUCACACCUUGGAUCUACCUUAAGUAUCUAUUUUGCAAUAAUUACAGUCUACGCCAACGGUAACCACGGCGCUGCUCCUGCAGCAAAUGGUAAGGUGAGUCCGGUGAAGAGCCCACUGGGCAAGCCGGGAGCUGAUUUGGUCAGCAGUCAGAACGCAUCUCCGCAAAAGGGAAAGGCUAAGAAAAAGAAGGCAGCGAAUAACAGGUUCGCAUGCUUCGUUGACAGCGACGAUGAAGGGGACCAAACCGAUUCAGAUGUCGGCGACGAAGAGACACCAAUAGCAGAAACGGUGGCACGUACUUUUUACCCUGUCGUAACUUCAGCACCUAAAAAAGCCUACCACUAAGAAGCUGUUCCUCCUUGAAUUUCGAUAGACGACGGGCGGCGAUUGUCUUCGUCAUUUUCUACCUGAGCUUUAUGAUAGUUCAUGUUUAUCUACCACAUAGCAGACCCAAACUUCAAUCCGUUCACCCCUCAACAACAAAUCAAAACAGCGGUCCUCCCAAAGGAUUUAGGCUUGACGAAAGAAGCGCAACCGGACUACUACGGUAUUGUCCACAUCGAAACCACGACAAAGCCAGACAGGGACCCCCUUGAGGAACUGAAGAAGCCAUUCGUGACAGAGACAGUCUUCAUGAAUGUGCUAUUUGUCAACAGCAAAACGAAAAAAAGCGAUUUCGAAUUUAAGAAGUACUACUUGCUUAAUUCGAAACGUUUAUAGCUUAAGAAAGAAGCUAUUUCGCAUUUAAGAUGAAGUGCUACUACCUUAGAAGUAGCCUUGCCUUUGGAUAUCGAAGUAGUUUUUACACGAAAGAAUAGAAAUAGUUCAUAGAAGACGUUGAUGUUUUUUGUUUACUCAACAGGUUGGUCCGCCCGACUAUUUUCCCGCAGUUGUCCCCACAAACUACGCAAAUGACGAGUAUCACGAAUGCGGACCUGGACAAAGCUGAUGCCCAGCCGAUCGAUGAGGUCCUACGAAUGCUCGAUCGAUUCCUGAAGGAGAAGAAUCUGGUAUUCAAUUAUUGUUAUUCUUUUCAGCUGUGCAGCUUGUGCUCUAGUUGGAAAUUUUUUUUUGCUUUUCUAGUUAGAAGGACGCAGGUUGUAGAGGAUAGAUUCCGUAGAGGAAAGACAAUAGCUUAGCAUCGACAGUAAGUGCACAUAGCGGCACACAGAAUCGAAAGUCGUAGUCUAAUAUGCUUAGCACAUCAAUACUAAGUCUAGCAACAAGUGUUACCAAGCCCGUCCAAAAGGAGGUCAAAAGUCCAUCACACCUGCCACUACCAUCCCUCCCGACGCAAACCAAAUCUGAGUGAAUCUCUCACAGGUCCCCACCUUCCGCAAGAAGAAGCCCUCAAUGAGCCAGAUCCAGAAUACACAGCAAGAAUUCGUGCUCGUCACAUAUGGAGCCGGCCUCGAAGUCAAGGACGAUUUCAGAAAAGACUUGGCGAAGAAAGGCCUUCAGGCUCAGCAAUUCUGGAAGAGAUGGAUCGAUCUCCGAAAGACAUUUGAGGAUAACUAUCAGAAGAAAGCGGUACUGCUCUACUAAAACUAAAGCUUACUCUGGAAAUACUUGUAGAAGUGCAAUUAUCAGGAGAAAGCUGUACUACUCUAGUAUCUAGUUGCUGCUUGUGGUUACGCAGGCACGAAAAUGAGAGUAAGGACUGGUAGUUGUGCUGAUCGGAGAAAUCUAUCAGUCACAAGAAAGCAGCCCUCUUUGUUCAGCGUCGACUUUUACUGCACGGCUUUCGUUUUUAUCCAUAGGUAGCUCCAAUGAGAUAACAGACGCCUGUAGUUCCCUAUCUUCCAUCCAACAGGAACUACUACUUUACAACACCUCUUCUUGCUAGAAGCCACAGAAUCAUUUUAUAAACUAAAAUCAAUUUCCUAACCAUCAAUCAGUCCUCAUCCCUCCUCUAAUGACCACACACACUAAAACCAAUCCUCGUCCACACAGGCGACCCUCGGCGACAUGUUGCAAGCAAUUUGCCUCGAAUUUAAGGGAGUCCCGCACGUCGACGAUGCUGCCAAUAUCGCCGUGGCCUUGGCCGCCAUGCUCCAAGACAUCCCCCAUAAGCUGGAAAUGAACAUGGUUGCUAAGUAAGAAGCUAGGAUUGUUCUCUCCGGCUUCAUGCGUAGUGUCUCACUGCCUGCGCGCGGGUGGACGAGGGGGAUUCAUCCACGCUAAGGGCAGUGUAGUUUAUGUCCAUAUCAAAUAUCACAAGCAAUAGAAGAUGAUUACUUUUAUAAACUCAAUUUCGCAACCUCUGGGGAGGUCACUACAACAGCACGAAGUACGAUAGUAGUGACUUGUCUCUCACCCAUUUUAGUUUGAAUUUAGUAUAGCAACGAUAACGAACUGUAUCUGAUUUUGAUGUUGACAAGCAAAGAUACUAGGAACGAAUAAUGAUUUUAGGUUUUAGGACAAGCAAAUAUAACUGAUCGCAGUUGUUGUUCCUGCCUUUGAGGAGAAAGGGGAAGGUACAUAGUGUAGGAAGCUACGCAGUAAAGGCUGGUCGUCUAUCAUUAAUGCACUAUUAUAACGACAUGAGUACCGUUUUACAUAGACAUAGAAGGUCGGUCACAGCUGCGGCGGAUCAGCUGCCUGAAGGUCUCUGUUUCGACUGCGGCUGAUUGAACUUAAUGAUAUGAAUACUCACGACACCUAGUUGUACUAACUUCUCCUUGCCUUGAUUGUUAUCUAGUCUGUCAAUCUACUUUUUUUUGUUGCGCGACUGACACUCUGUUUUUUUAUCUCUCUCAACCAAUAAAGUUGCUAACUCUACUUUCUCUCGUCUCACAUCGUGAGUCAUGGAAGGAAGUUACGCAUUUGCUACUACUAUUUCUAAUCUCUCUUACAACUCUGUGUAGCGCUUUGCUUUGUGCAGCUAGUUCUGCAUGAAUACUUACCACUGCUUAUCAUGUACUAUCGAAGAUGACAAAAAUAAUAUGUGCAUACAGAUGAAUUGAGGAUUUCAAUGUGACCGAUUUCUAAACAAUACCAAAAAGUCCUACUUCGAAAGAUUUUACACUGAAAAUGGCACAUCUAGCGACCAAAAAAAUUGUUUCGCAAAGUGACAUAUCACAUAAGACCGCAUCUUUUAGAACGCUGAAGUAAACGCAAUACAAAAAA